UUGUUAGCAUAAUCCCUUGCAGAAUAUAUGCGAGAUAAUGACGUAUCUUGUUGGAGCAAUAAAAAAAAUUAUGGCCAUUGUUGGGUGAAGCAAAGGUUAUAGCAGAACGUGCAGCCACACUAGCCAUGAUCCAUCCAUGAACCAUGAUCCACAAUAUAUAUACGUGUGUGUGAUGGUGGCUUUGCCAUUGUCAUCGUGGACACUGCAAUUUGCAGCUACCUCUCCUAAUCUCUCUUUGAUCAAAUCACUAUCGUGUAAUUAACGCAUAGUUAGCUAUGAGGAAGGUGUGCCCUAACCUUGACCGGGAGGACGGCCUCGACACCGUGCUGGAGGUGCCGGUGCCGGAGCUCCACCGCCAGGCACCGCGGCGGCGAGGGCGGCGCGGCGGCGGCGGCACGGUGAAGUCGUGGGUGCGGGCGAGGAUGGAGCACGGGCGGAGGCGCGACGGCGCGGCGCCGUCGCGCGCCGAGGUGCAGCUGAUGCUCGGCGUGGUCGGCGCGCCGCUGGUGCCGCAGGCCGUGGAGGCGAGGAAGGCCAUGGUGGCCGGGCGGGGCGUCGGGGGGGAGGGGGAGGAGCCCCUGGACCUGGAGGCGUCCAAGGCGAGGUACAUCGUCGAGCAGUACGUCGCGGCGGCCGGCGGCGAGGCCGCGCUGGGCGCCGCGACGAGCAUGUACGCGAUGGGGAAGGUGCGGAUGAGGACGACGACGACGAGCAAGGCGAACAAGGGCAAGGUGAUGGGCGUGGCCGCCGGCGGCGAGGUGGCCGGCGGGUUCGUGGUGUGGCAGAAGAAGCCGGAUCUGUGGUGCGUGGAGAUGGUCGUCGCCGGUGGCGUCAAGAUGAGCGCCGGCAGCGACGGCAAGGUCGCAUGGCGCCAGACGCCAUGGCAGGAAGCCCACGCCUCCCGUGGCCCGCCACGGCCGCUCCGCCGAUGUAUUCAGGGCUUGGACCCGAAGUCGACGGCCGACCUGUUCUCGAGCGCGGCGUGGGUGGGCGAGAGGUGCGUCGACGGCGACGACUGCUUCGUGCUCCGCGUCGACGCCGACCACGCCGCGCUGCGCGCCCGGAGCAGCGGCGACGUCGAGGUGGUCCGGCACGCCGUGCUCGGCUACUUCAGCCAGAGGACGGGGCUGCUCGUCCGCCUCGAGGACAGCCACCUGCUGCGCAUCGGCCUCGCCCACGCCGCCGCCGAGAGCGCCUACUGGGAGACCACCAUGGAGUCCUCCAUCGGCGACUACCGCGCCGUCGACGGCAUCAACAUCGCGCACGCCGGCCGCACCGCCGUGUCGCUGUCCCGGUUCGAGAGCGCCGACGACGCCGCCGCCGCCGCGCGCGGUAGUAAUAAGCGGUCGUGGGGCACCACCACCAUGGAGGAGACGUGGAGCAUCGAGGAGGUGGACUUCAACGUCGUGGGGCUCUCCAUGGAUUGCUUCCUGCCUCCCCGGGACCUAGUGCUCAACGACUGCAGCAAGCAGCAGCAGAAAGAGGACGCCGCCGCCGCCGUCGUCGUCAAGGACGCCGCCGCCGCCGUCGACGUCAAGGACGCCGCCGGUGCCGCCGCGAACGCCAAGGGCGGUAGUGACGACGGCAAGACCAACGGCGGUGACGUCGGCCGCGGCGUGGUGGUGAAGAAGGCGCUUGUUCCGGCGGUGACCGGACUGGGUUGGUUCGGUCCGGCCAAGGUGGUUGCCGUCGACGACACGGUGGACGACGGCGUCGCCGCCGCAGCCGACGACGACAAGUAAAUGUAGAUAUCUCUCGGCUACUCGCUAGAUCAGGUGGUGCUCGCUUCUGCGCCCCUCAAGAGUAAAUAUUAAUUCGUAUAGUUUAAGUUAAUUUCUACUACUUAGGAACAUGCAAGCUUGAUCAUGUUAUAUGUUAGAUCUAGCAACUGCAUUCCAUUGUAGAUGUUGGGGGAGGAGACUAAGUUUAUGUUCUUCUCCAUUCGAGUUUGAGGACAUUUUGCGUAGUGUCCGGCCGGUGCUUCAUUCAUGAUGUAAUUUAAUACUUUGGAAACAAACAUCCAAAGGAAACUUUGUGUAUCCAUUUUGUUAAGAACGA